GGCUUGUCAAAACUUUUCCAUUGAUCCACCAGCACUUUUGGCGCUAUAAAAGGUGUGCAUUUCCCCGAGUGGUUACCAUCUGGUAAAGUAACCUCCAUCUAGAUAGAACCAUGAAACUGAUCGCAAUCGCCAUUAUCGCGUGCAUCCUGCUCAUUGGAUUCACCGAUCUAGCCAUGGGAUGCGAAUGUGAGUGCCAACCUUGUGGACCUGGUGGAAAGCCGUGUGACAAGUGUCCCGAAAGGGACCAACUUUGUCAGCGGCUCAUACAAAAUAUUCGCUGUCUCCAGUCGGACGUCCGGAAGUGCGUCUGCGGAGAACCACAAUGGAUGAUUUAGAAACCUGUCACUCUUCAAAAUCGUGGAACUCUUUCUUAAUAAAAUUGUUAUUACUACUGCAAAA